ACGCCGCUGGGGCCGGGGAAUGGGCGCGUAGGGAGCGAGGAAGGAAGGGAGGAGGGGAGCGAGCGAGCAAGAAGCGAGCGAGCAAGCAAGCAAGGAGAAGAGCCGGACGGAGAUUCCCGCCCGGCGCCCGAGGUAGCCGCCCCCAUCGGGGUCCCCCUCCGCCGCCUGCGGGCUGCGCGCCCCUUCCAUCCGCCCCAGGGCUCCGCCGCCGGGAUGAGCAGCUCGCGGAACAACCGGGUGAUGGUGGAAGGAGUUGGGGCCCGGGUGGUCCGCGGCCCGGACUGGAAGUGGGGGAAGCAGGAUGGCGGCGAGGGCCAUGUGGGCACCGUGCGCAGCUUCGAGAGCCCCGAGGAGGUGGUCGUGGUGUGGGACAACGGCACCGCCGCCAACUACCGCUGCUCCGGGGCCUACGACCUCCGCAUCCUGGACAGCGCGCCCACCGGUAUCAAACAUGAUGGGACUAUGUGUGAUACUUGUCGGCAGCAGCCCAUCAUUGGCAUCCGAUGGAAGUGUGCUGAAUGCACAAAUUAUGACUUGUGCACAGUUUGCUAUCAUGGGGACAAGCAUCACUUGAGGCAUCGUUUUUACAGAAUCACCACACCGGGAAGUGAAAGGGUAUUGUUGGAGUCUCGACGUAAAUCAAAGAAAAUUACAGCAAGAGGAAUCUUUGCAGGUGCCAGGGUGGUGCGAGGAGUUGACUGGCAGUGGGAAGAUCAAGAUGGUGGCAAUGGGCGUAGAGGAAAGGUGACUGAAAUCCAAGAUUGGAGCGCGUCGAGUCCACAUAGCGCAGCAUAUGUUCUUUGGGACAAUGGUGCUAAAAACCUUUACAGAGUUGGCUUUGAGGGCAUGUCUGACCUGAAAUGUGUUCAAGAUGCAAAAGGAGGCUCUUUCUACAGAGACCAUUGUCCUGUGUUAGGUGAGCAAAAUGGUAACAGAAACCCUGGCGGGCUGCAAAUAGGUGACCUUGUAAACAUUGACCUUGACUUGGAAAUUGUGCAGUCUUUGCAGCAUGGUCAUGGAGGAUGGACUGAUGGCAUGUUUGAGACUUUAACAACAACUGGAACGGUUUGUGGCAUCGAUGAGGACCAUGACAUUGUAGUACAAUAUCCAAGUGGCAACAGGUGGACAUUUAAUCCAGCUGUUCUUACCAAGGCCAACGUUGUCCGAAGUGGAGAUGCUGCUCAAGGUGCAGAAGGAGGAACCUCUCAGUUCCAAGUGGGAGACCUUGUGCAAGUGUGUUAUGACCUGGAGCGAAUCAAGCUUCUCCAGAGAGGUCACGGAGAGUGGGCUGAGGCAAUGCUUCCAACUUUAGGUAAAGUUGGUCGGGUCCAGCAGAUUUAUUCAGACAGUGACUUAAAGGUAGAAGUUUGUGGGACAUCUUGGACCUAUAAUCCAGCAGCUGUCUCAAAGGUGGCAUCAGCAGGAUCUGCUAUAAGUAAUGCAUCUGGUGAGAGAUUGUCCCAGCUAUUGAAAAAAUUAUUUGAAACCCAAGAGUCUGGAGAUCUCAAUGAAGAAUUGGUUAAAGCUGCUGCCAAUGGAGACGUUGCUAAAGUGGAAGACUUGCUAAAGAGGCCAGACGUGGAUGUGAAUGGGCAAUGUGCUGGACACACAGCUAUGCAAGCUGCAAGCCAGAACGGCCAUGUUGACAUUUUGAAGUUGCUUCUGAAACAGAACGUGGAUGUAGAAGCAGAGGACAAGGAUGGAGACAGGGCUGUCCAUCAUGCAGCCUUUGGUGACGAGGGUGCUGUGAUUGAGGUUUUGCACCGCGGCAGCGCAGAUCUCAAUGCUCGCAACAAGCGCAGGCAGACUCCGCUCCAUAUUGCUGUCAACAAAGGUCAUCUGCAAGUUGUCAAGACUUUACUGGACUUUGGCUGCCACCCCAGUCUCCAGGAUUCUGAGGGAGACACUCCACUUCAUGAUGCAAUAAGUAAAAAGCGUGAUGAUAUCCUUGCUGUACUCUUAGAAGCUGGAGCAGAUGUUACUAUCACCAACAACAAUGGGUUUAAUGCUCUUCAUCAUGCUGCACUAAGAGGAAACCCUAGCGCAAUGCGCGUGUUGUUGUCCAAGUUACCACGACCGUGGAUUGUUGAUGAGAAAAAAGAUGAUGGUUACACAGCCUUACAUCUGGCAGCUCUUAAUAAUCAUGUGGAAGUGGCUGAACUUUUGGUGCAUCAGGGCAAUGCUAACCUGGAUAUCCAGAAUGUUAACCAGCAAACUGCUCUUCAUCUUGCUGUUGAACGACAGCAUACACAAAUUGUUAGGCUCUUAGUUCGUGCAGGUGCUAAAUUGGAUAUUCAGGAUAAAGAUGGAGAUACUCCCCUGCAUGAAGCCCUGAGACACCACACCCUGUCACAGCUCCGCCAACUCCAAGACAUGCAAGAUGUGGGCAAGGUAGAUACUGCUUGGGAGCCAUCAAAGAACACAUUAAUUAUGGGACUUGGCACUCAAGGAGCAGAGAAGAAGAGUGCUGCAUCUAUUGCCUGCUUCCUGGCAGCCAACGGGGCUGACCUCGGCAUUCGUAACAAGAAGGGUCAGUCCCCUCUCGACCUCUGCCCUGAUCCAAGUCUCUGCAAAGCAUUGGCUAAAUGUCACAAAGAAAAAGUCAGUGGCCAGGUUGGUUCCCGAAGUCCAUCUAUGAUCAACAAUGAUUCUGAAACCUUAGAAGAAUGUAUGGUGUGUUCAGACAUGAAGAGAGACACUCUGUUUGGCCCAUGUGGCCACAUUGCCACGUGUUCCUUGUGCUCACCACGGGUGAAAAAAUGCCUCAUCUGUAAAGAACAAGUUCAGUCUAGGACAAAGAUUGAAGAAUGCGUAGUAUGUUCAGACAAAAAGGCAGCAGUGCUCUUCCAGCCUUGUGGUCAUAUGUGUGCCUGUGAGAAUUGUGCAAGCUUGAUGAAGAAAUGUGUACAGUGUCGGGCAGUGGUUGAGCGAAGAGUGCCUUUCAUAAUGUGCUGCGGAGGGAAAGGUACAGAAGAUACCAGUGAUGAUAUUUCAAGUGGAAACAUUCCAGUUUUGCAGAAGGACAAAGACAACACUAAUGUCAAUGCAGAUGUACAGAAGCUGCAGCAACAGUUGCAAGACAUCAAGGAACAGACGAUGUGUCCCGUGUGUUUGGACCGGCUGAAGAACAUGAUCUUCCUGUGUGGCCACGGGACGUGCCAGCUGUGCGGAGACCGGAUGAGCGAGUGCCCCAUUUGCCGCAAGGCCAUCGAACGGAGGAUCCUUUUGUACUGAGCAGGGGCCAGGGUCUUUUUUACUAGGUUGUCAAAGAGUAAGGACAUGUUGAUGCUUUUAAGCCUCUGUUAGUUUGAAAGGUAGUAAAGGGUUCUGAUGAAAACAUUUCUAAUACUGUAGCACAGGUUUGUUACAUAGUAAUUGUUUAAAGACUGUGAACACACCAAAUAAAAGAAACAGUAUUUGAACAGUCAGCUUGUAGCUUUACUCUUAAAAAACAUCUAAACCUAACGCUAAUUUAAGGCAGUCUUUUUUUCAGUUUGUUUCUGUCUUCUUCUUCCCCUUAAAGUUUAAAGGAACAAUCU